AUGAAGAGAACUAUUAAGGAUGUACUUUCAAGAAGUAGGCAUAGGUUAUGUAUAUGGCAUAUAUGGGAGAAAUUGAAGACAAAGGUUGGUUCUGUUUUGUCAGCAAACACUGAUUUUAAUACAAGAAUGACUCAUGUUGUUUGGAAUGAUACUAUUAUUCCAGAAGAUUUUGAAACUGAGUGGCAUUCAAUAAUGUCUACUUUUGGAUUGGAAAAUCAUGAGUGGUUAAAAGAUAUGUACGAUCUUCGAUUUGAUUGGAUUCCUGCUUAUUACCAUGGAGAGGAUUUGGCUGGACUUAUGCAUACUACGUCAAGAUGUGAAAGCGAGAAUUACUUCUUUGGUCAGAUUUGCAAUCCAAGAUGUACACUUGUUGAAUUUUUCACUCAUUUUGAGACUGCAAUGGAUAUUCAAAGGCAUGAGCAUAGGAGGAAUGAUCAUGAUACAAGGUAUAUUGAGUGUAAACCCUGGAGUGACUUUGUAUUGGAGAAACAAGCAUCAGAAAUAUAUACCAAAACAAUUUUUAAGGAUAUUCAGAUUGAAAUUGAUGCUGCCAUUACAAAGUGUAUGUCAAAGUCUCUUGAUACUGUGGGUGAUGUUCAAUAUUUUGUGCAAUACAGCAAACAAGAAGAUGGUUUAAGUAUAAGUUGUUCUUGCAAACGGUUUGAACAAUUUGGUAUAUUGUGCCGCCAUAUAUUUUACGUAUUACGGUAUGAUGAUAUAACUGAGUUUCCUAGAAGAUAUGUUCAUAGAAGAUGGAUGAGAGAUGUUGUUUCAGUUGGAUCAAAUCAUUCCAAUAUCCGGUUUGAUGAAAUUGGUAGGAAUAGUGAAAUUGAUAAAGUUUAUAGAGAAAUCGUUGUUGCAAAUGAGUAUGUGGUUAAUAUGCUGGUUGGCGAUUUAGAUGAACUGUGUCGUUACAGGGAUCAUAUUAAAAGUUAUAUUGAUAAUGCGGAUGUGGUUAUGGUUGCUACGCCGCCUCCUAGUCGCAAAGAAAGAUUUGCUGAUAUUGGAGGGAACUUAGAAAAAUCAGAUUCUAUGAUUCGUGUCCCGAUCAAAAUAAGGACCAAAGGAUGCGGUGUACAAAAAAGGAUCAAGUCUAAUCGUGAGAUUGCAAUUCAGAAAUCAUCAAAGAUCCAGAAAUCGUGCCGUGUAUGUGGUGGAAAAGGACAUAACAGUCGCACAUGUAAAGAUAAGGUUUCAUCUCUUUUUGUUACUGCGUUUUGUGAUAUCCUUCAUAAAUAUCAGUUUGUUUUGAUCAUAGAUCAUAUUAAACAAGAAAUGCAAGUGGAUAUCAUAAACAUUGCGUUUUAUACAUAG